AUGGAGACGCUCCUUGGCGGGCUGGACGUGGCGCGGGUCGGGGCAAACAACACCAGCCGUGCUUUCAAGAUCAGCUACCUGACGGAAGGUUCUCGCGCCAAUCCGGCUGUUGUCAUUCCGCCUGGAGGUGGCGCGACGAAGGAGGAGAAUCUGUACAUGGCGCGAGAGCUGGCAGCCGUCGGGCCCUUCUUCGUGGUCAUGUACGACCUGCGCGGCACUGGCGGGAGCGAACCGCGAGACUGCUGGGCAACCGCCUUUUCCGCAGCAGGCACCACGCCCGUCCAGGAGAUGGAGCGGGUGGUCGGUGUGGCGCCGCCGAAAGCUAAGGCGGAGGACGAGAGCGCAGGUGGCCUCCGCAACUACGCGCAAAAGCUUCGUCCGGCCCCACUUAAUCCCAUCAUCUCCAACCAGCUUCCCGACUUUGAUGCGUAUGCCGAAGAUGCCUUCUCGGUCCUCGACGAACUCGGCAUUCACCAGGCUCAUUUUGUCGGGCUUUCGCAGGGAGGGAUGCUGGCGCGGCUCGCGGCGACGCUCCACCCGGAGCGGGUGCUCUCGGUGGUGAGCUGUGGCUCCGCUGCCAGCAAGCUCGGCUUGAUGAUGGCCGCUUUCUCAGCGGGCGCUGAGGAGUUCUACGACAAGAUGAAGGCGGCGGAGCUGUACGGCGAAAACGGAAAGCCGCCGUGGGGCUCGAGGCGCGCCACGCGGGAUGAGUACGUAACGUGGCGCAGCAAGCUGCUCGAGAUAGUCGUCCCCGACUUUGACAAGGCGGUGUACGAAGAGAUGGCAGGCCGGUCGUGGGAUGCAGGAUACAUGGGCGAGUCACAGUGCGCCGUUGGCGCUCUGGCCUACGAAGCGUGGGAGCGGCAGGGCAAGGAUGUGGCGCAUCUUGAGGUGCUGAGAGCCAACAAGACGAUCCCGAUCAUGUUCGUGCACGGGAGGAAGGACGCGGUCAUUCACUUCGAGGAGAGCCGGAAGCUGUUUGCGCAGACCGGCAACUGCGUCUUCGAGCCCCACGACUAUGGCCACAACUUUGGGCCGCCCAAGCACCAGACCGCACUCCUCAGCCGCAUGGCAACCUUCAUGAAGAAGAGCAGCGCCACGGGCCUUGGCUCUGCUCCAGCUGCGUCGAUCGGUACUGACACCUAUUCCGCAGGCGUGUCAGCAGACUUGGAAGCGAGGCUUUCGCUCGACACGACCACCCCCGAGCUGUGGGAGGUAUUUUGCACAGUGCAGACCGCAGCCGACACCGCCUUUGCGCUCGACCUUUUGCUCGACAAGCUAGGGCUGGCUGCCCUGCGGGGGCAGGGCCUGCAGCUCUUCCUCGCCCUCAAGCCGGCGCUCGAGCAAGCGGGGCUCAUGUUCAAGCAGAAGAAGCUGCUCAAUGACCUUCACGGAAGCAUGAUCCGCGCGCAGAAGGUGGUGGCGCGGCUUCGCGGCGUGGCCAAGCCCGACAACGAGGCUGCAAUGGCUGCGGCCGAGGAGACGGCGGCGACCAAGAGCGCCGACAACAGUUUCGGCGUCAAUGAGAUUCUCGUGUGCGGGGCAGGGCCCGUCGGGCUGCGCGCUGCUGUGGAACUCGCGCUGCUGGGCUUCCGCGUGACGGUGAUAGAGAAGCGACCCAACUUUUCUCGUGCCAACAUCCUGACCUUCUGGGACGAGACGAUGAGCGACAUGCUCGCGCUCGGCGCAAAGUCUUACUUCCCCGACCUGAAGCCGACGGGCAACCAAAAGGUGCUCGGCACGCGCCAGAUUCAGGUCUGCCUGCUCAAGACAUUUCUGCUCUUUGGAGGCGCCGUGCACUAUGGCAAGGAGAUUUGUGGGCUUGUGCCUCCCUGCGACGAGGCAAGCAAGUGGAGCGCCAAGUUUCGGCCGUACGUCAAGCACCGGCGUGCGGCUGAGACGGACGCGCAAGCCAAGCGGUCGGCCGAGCGGGAGAGCUCCGAGACGGCGCCAAAGGAGCAGGGUGGCACAGAGGGCACGGCGCUCGAGUUCCAAAAGGCAAAGGACUACGGAGGCAAGGAGACGGCCAGCGUGGAGACCUGGGACGUCGACAUGGCUUACGUGAACGGGUCUGCAGCGGGAGGCGGUGGCGACAAAGCAACCGGGCUCCCGCCGGUCAAGUUUGACGCGUACAUCAUCGCCGAGGGCGGGUGGAGCGACUCGACACGACGGCUCGGGUUUUCCAAGUCGGUGGAGCUUUUCAAGCCCGUCUUUGGGCUAGUGGCCAACCUCAAGUACAAUCCGAACGACCUCAAGGAGCGCAACAUGCGCUCGCAGGUCCAUUUCUGUCUUGGUUCGGACUGGCCGCUCAGCAACUGCCCCAUCCAGGCGGAGUUCAUCGAGUACCUAAAGGGUGAGACGCACUUCUUCGCGCUCGUGGUCAGCAAGAAGAACCACCACAAGGACGGCACGGACUCCCACCUCGAUCGCAUGAAGCCAGAGGACCGUGCGGCCAUCCCGGAUGAGAUCAUUGCUCAGAUGCGGCGGGCGAGCCAGCAGAAGGGGCUGCUCGAGAUGGGGGUCUUCAAGCGGGGAUACGCCUCAGGCCAGGCCUGUCUGGCGACGGACAACGUUGACGUGCAGAAGCUGCACCAGAUGGUGCGCGACAUCACGCAGGAGAUGGGGCUGCCGCCGUCGACCGAGUUCUUUGAGAGCAACCCUGUCCAGCUGUUUGACUUUUCGCGGCGGGCGCGGUGCGUCGACCCGGUGAGGCUGCUCUGCUCGGGCGCAGACGGCGGCGACUCUGAGGCAAGGGUGCUCUCACCAGCCGAGUUUCUAAAGGGGUCGCACGCCGGGGUGCAAGCCCUCGUCUUGCCAGUCGGUGACGCGCUGCAGGAGCCUGUGUGGACGCAAGGCUUGGGCAUCAACCGAGGUUUCCACACAGCCAUGAACCAGGCUGAGGCGACUGUCACUGGUGUUGCCGACGGUGUCGCGUCCCUGAGCGCACAGCUCUGGUUUCGCGAUGUCUCAAAUGCGGGCACGCUGUGGAAGCCGCUGCGCUGGUCAGAUCUCGGCGAGAUGCACGGGCGCAGGAUCCACAUCUCUGCCGUCGCGACCGACCUGCAAGCCGCGUGGCACGUCCACCCGCCAGAAGAGCUCGCUGGGGAGGAAGAGCGCUUCCCAUUUCAGCUGCGCCUUCCUCCUGGGAACGAGUCGGCUGCCGUGAGAGCGCGAUUUCUGUUCAAUUUUGGCGUUCGCGCUGACGCACGCACAGUCGACAUGUGUGUAUCGGAGAAGUCCGUCCACAUCGACCCUCAGCCAGGAAGGGAAAUGCUGGUGGAGGGGGAGGCACGGACAGAGCCGCUCGCGUUGCGCCCGGGUUCGACGCGCCCGAUUCCCCCGACUGACUACAGUGAGCGGCACAUCGUUGGAACGCUGCCGCUGGGUGGGCGAGACGCAGACGAGGUCGUUGGUGGGCUGCCCAUCACAGCGGCGCUGCAAUCCGGCUGCAAAGCUGAGGGCGCCUCUUGCUGGGGCGCGCAGCUGAGUGCCGGGCUUCUCUCCGAUGCAGGCAUCUCCGAGCUUCGAAGUGCACUCGCAGCCUGCGACGCCGCGGGUGCUGCCGAAGAGCAGCAGGCAUGCAAGCUCGCGACGACGCUCUUCGAAGACGGCGGCGGCGGCGGCAUUGGCAGCGGGAAUGGCACAGCGACGAUCGUGGUGAUCCCUGACAGUGGAUUCGCGUGUGUCGGCUUGAACGUGUUUGUUCAGCGCGCGGGUGGGAUGAACCUGAGUGGGAUGCUCGAGACCUAUCUUACUGUCGGCGCGCACGCCAUCGUUGCGCGGAUGGGUGCCGAUGAGCUGCAGCAUGUUCACCUCGCACCGCCAGAGGGGUUCUCAGCCAUCGUGGGCCGCAGCGCAGCUGCUGAGUGUCUGAUGGCGUUUCCCGGCAUGGGGGGUGGGGACAUGAUGCCUCCCCCGGCCGCCUUUGGCCCUUCCUUGAUUGGCGCCUGGGCAGUCUACCAGCCAGGGACGUACGCCGUCUACGUCAUGGCGAAGGCUCGUGCUUUCGCAGACGCGCCGGCUGGCCUGCUGGCGCCCACCUUCUUUAUCUCGACCGCCCUGGGGCGGUGA